CGCAAAUUCCCGGUUGCCAGCGAAUUUUUUUCCGACAGGCUAAAGCUCAUGCAACGCGUGGUUAGUGUUUACAUUCCACCUGUGGUGUAGAUUGGUGUGGCUGAGUCAUAUUGCUGGCAAUGACCGCUUGAAUCAUUUGGAUAUAGUUGCGGUAGGUUUCCCAGUUCAGAUCGAUAGGCCAGGGGCGGGACAUUUAGGGUUUAUUUUGUAACCAAUCUAUUCUUCUCGGGCGAGCAACUAUCUACCUCUGUCUUCUUUACCUCAUCACUGCCUGGCAUCCAUCGAGUAUUGCUUGUGUGCAGCUUCAUCUUUGGUGUAGAGGACGGGACAAAGCACAAAAUCCAUAUCAGACUCUUCCAGGGAUGAGAUCUCACCGAUAUUAUUGAAGUCUUUUUGAAUGGAGGCAAUAAAAAUUUAUAGGAAUCUUUUGAGGACAAUGCGCACACAUAUCGGGAGUGAUGGAAGCAAAACACAUUUUCGAGAUUACAUCGUGGGAGAGUUCAGAAAGAAUAAAGGUCUUGAGGAUGCUUCCUUAGUUCAACAAAAGUUAAAGCUUGCACAGAAUUAUGUGUUUCUCCUUAACAGCGUUCAUCAUCAUAAGGAUCUACUAUUCUCUUACAACAUUGCUGUAAAUAGGGAAGGAGAACUAAAAGCUACACUGAAAAAAUCAGCUGCAAGCGUUGGGCUUCAGAUACCCAUUCCUUACGAGGAAUAGAUUGGAGUGGCUUAUGUAGUUAGUUUUAAGGUCUCAUUCAGCCUAAAUUACUGAUUUGGAUUUACCCCAUUCAGUUUUUUCGCUUAUUGCUAAUAGUGUUUCUGUACAAUCGAAGCACUGAAAACGGUAAAUGUAUUUCUUGGAAUUUGAGUGACCCUACAUAGGUUAUGAACACUUUACAGGGCUAUUUUUCUGGGUUGUAGGUUCUGCAUGCUCUAUGCAUUGUUAGCCUCUAUUUGUUGAAUCUGGUGAAGAGGGUACACAUCACGUUAACCAGAUAAUUAUUCACCAUAUUCUUCUCCACAGCUCUCUUUUUCGCCGGAGCACUUGCUAACAAAUAGAAAAUGAUAUAUGCUUUCAUUAAUUCA